UUCCAAAGUCCCCUCCUGGCCCGCAAGUAGCUCGUCACGAUGUCGGGGUUCAUGUCAAAUAUGAUCAUCUCCAUGGUCCUCAUGGUGGUGGUGCAGAAUGCAGUGAACUCGUACUUUGGGUUUGAGACUCCCGCCGUGUGCAAGGAAGGCGUGAACGACAUGACGUGGCUCGGCAAGCCGUACGAGUCGGACCCGUUCUUCCACCCCAAGUCGAUCCAACGCACGUCACAUUUCAUCGCGUUGGAAGACGGCACCCAAUUGGCCGCCGACCUCUACCACUCUGAACAAGCCACGUACAACGACCUCAAGCAACCCACCGUCAUUCAUUUCACCCGCCACGGACGUGGCUACACCUUGGACUUUCCCCUGUCAUCGAUCACCGCCGGUGGCGACUUUAUCAACCCCCGUACGGGCUCGUACAUCCCUCGCAUUGUCACGACGUCGUACGCGUGGCUCGUCGUGGACAUCCGCGGUACCGGCGCAUCGUUUGGCGCGAAGGAGUUUGACUUUGUCGAUCAAGAGGCGGUCGAUGCCAAGAACGUUAUUGACUGGGUCACUCAGCAAGACUGGUCCAACGGCGAAGUGUCGUUGUUUGGUUUUGGUACCGACGGGGUGUCUGCCCUUGUAGCCGCGACCAGCGGCCACACGGCGGUGAAAGCACUGGUGUUGCAUGGUGUACCUUUGGACUUGUACGACUCUGCCUUUUUCCCCGGCGGGCUGCACAACUACCGCGCGUCGUCCAUGUACUCUGGCUUUUCUGCCGCCACGGACGCCAACAAGCGGUGGGACCAAGUGCCGCACUUGAAGUCUCGCCUCAUGAUGAGCACUUUUGGUGGCAACGUCGCCGCGGUCAACAAGAGUGAACCUCAAGUCCACGCCGCCGCCGUCGCGGAACACGUGAAUAACGGCAACUUUCAUGCCGAAACCAAAGACAUUCUCUUCCGUGACGACAAGCUGUCUUCCCUCGACCGCACGUUUGAACAGAUCAACGUCCCUCGCUUGUUUCAAAAGCUAGCCGACACCGACAUCCCUGUGCUCAACAUGGCCGGGUACUAUGACAUGGGCUCGUCUCGAUCGGCUAUCCUCUUGCACCGUUACUUGACUGGUACUUUGGACGAUGAAUCGCAUUUGGCGUAUGGUUUGUCUCCGCUUGCGGCCAAGACGGUCGCGUCGACCCAGUACAGCUUGAUCUUGGGCCCGUGGAGUCACUCGAACGUCGACAAUAUCGACCCAUAUGCCGAGAGCAAGACACGAUGCUUUGAGCACAUUGAGCAGAUCUCGCGUUUCUUUGACUACCACUUGUACAACGCCGACCGCGCGGUCUUGUCGCAGUUGGAAACCGAAGACCCCAUCCACUACUACACGCUGGCAGAAGGGAAGUGGCGCAGCACCACCGAGUGGCCCCCCGCGUCCAUCGACGAAGCGCACACGUACUUUUUCAGCUUGAACAACACGUUGGUCGAAGACGUGGCCGACGUCGUGGACGGCGCGGCCACCGCCGAGUUUGCCGCGGGGUUCAACUCGCAGCCGAGCGUGAUCAACCGAUGGAAUUCCAUGGACCAUAUCUUCCUCAACAAGCCCACGUACUCGCACAACCGCGACGACUUGGCGAAGAAGGCGAUUUCAUUCACGACGCCGCCACUCCACCAGCAAGAAGCGACCGGCGAAAUGACCGUCAAGGUGUUCUUCUCCGUGGACGCGCCCGGUGUGAGCUUGAUCGCGUACUUGGAAGACUACAACAACAUUGCGCCCAUCGAGCAUUCGACCAUGGUGGCCACCAAGACCAAGGUCCGCGGCGGCACCACGUACAUCACGGAAGCCGUGCUGAACCCGAUCCAUCAGUCCAUCGCCCCUGGCAACCCCCUGCACACGUUCAAGAAGGACGCGUCCCGGACGAUUGAGCCCGGUGUCGUGUACGAAGCGACGUUCAACUUUUACCCGACGUCGUACUUCUUGCCGCACCAGCAUCAAUUCCGCGUCUCGAUUGUCGGCCAAGAGACUGCCACGUUUGACAACCGCGUCGCAGACAAGGCGACCAACCUCACGGUGCAUUUCAGCGAAGAAUACCCGUCCUCUGUGACCAUCCGCUCGCAAGAAGUGCCCCUCCCGAUCGUGAAGGAAGUCCCGCGCGAGGCGGCGGCGACGCCCAUCACGGACGUCGCGACCGGCGAAACUCCCCAAGACCCUGAUGUGGUCGUGGUCAAGGAAGAAGAAGACGAGUUUGAGACAGCGCCCAAGAAGGACGAGCUGUAAACAAACUGUGUCGACCAACGUAGAUAGAAGACUGACUUGCUUGUAGAUAUAAUACGAUUAGGCCGCGAUGGUUUAUAUAUAUAUAUAUUAUAUAGCUUUUUGUGUGUGGUUGAAAAA